GAGAGGAAAACUUCCCAUAAUUCUUUGCUCAGCAUGGCUGCCUCCUGUUGUCGGCGUGUGUGUAAACAGUUGUAACAUUAGCUAAAAGAAAGAAAGAAAAACAAAGUGCAGUUUUCAUGAGUCUUUUAAACCGCACACAGAUCUCUGGAAAUCCGCUCUUUUCUUAUCAAGCGACGAGGCCAAGAUGAAGAUCAAAUCCAAGUCUUCGUAUCACAAAUCUGAGAACACCUUCAGGUUUCUCACAUUUGCUGAAAGACUCGCCAACGUCAACAUCAACGUGAUCCAUCGCAUUGACAGAACUGGAUCUUACGCUGAGGAAGUAGAAACAUACUUCUCUGAAGGACUGACAAAAUGGAGGGACCUCAACUUGACAGAACAUUUCACCACGUUUCUGAAAGAGGUUUCCAACAAGAGCCAGUCAUUCAACAUGCUGGUUUUCCAUCAGAAGUCCAUCGUGGAAUCUCUGAAAACCCACCUGGCCGUCCAGAACAGUCUGGCCUACCAACCCCUGCUAGACCUCGUGGUGCAGCUGGCCAGAGACCUGCAGACCGACUUUUACCCCCACUUCCCAGAUUUCUUCCUUCUGAUCACCUCACUGCUGGACACAAAGGACACAGAGCUCCUGGAGUGGAGUUUCACCUGCCUCUCCUACCUCUACAAGUACCUGUGGAGGCUUAUGGUGAAGGACAUGACCAAUAUCUACAGUUUGUAUAGCAGCCUGCUGGCACACAAGAAGGAGCACAUCCGCAUGUUUGCAGCAGAAAGCUUCUCCUUUUUGAUGCGAAAGGUUCCAGAUCUCGAUGCUCUGCUCACCCACGUGUUCUCCGACCUAGAGGAGCACCCUGAGAAGGUGGAGGGAACGGGCCAGCUGAUGUUUGAGAUGUGCAAAGGAGUGCGAAACAUGUUCCACUCUUGUGCUGCUAAUGCUUUCUCUGUGGCAUUGCGUAAGCUUGGCCCAACAAUGAGCCGUGGAGUCUCUCUCCCGUGGACCUCUGUUAGGGACGCUCUGGAUCACAUGGCCCAGGCAGCAGCCGAUCACGUGGACAGAGAACACAUGCUGGUUUUGUGGGAGUCCCUCCAGGCCAGCAUGUCGGAGGUGCUGGAUAUUAUGGAGGCAAAGGGGAAAGACGCAGACCCGGCAACAGAGCAGCUGGAGAGCCUUCUGUUCAUUCUGCACACCCUGGCAUCCCACAAGGGUGGAGCCAAGAUUACCAAACCGGAGUCUGUCUGCCAGACGGUGUUGAGGCUGAUUCAGAGCUCGUCUCUGUCAGCUUCCUGCUCCCGUCUUCUUCUCCAGAUCACAUCCUCUCUGCUCCUCGGGGAGAACGUCAGCCUGCCAAACUCACUCAUCCAAGAGACUGUGCAAAAGAUAUUUCGGAGCACUGUGGGGCACGAUCUGAUUCUGGAGUUCACCAAAGAGAUGUUCACCAUGAAACAGUUUGAGCAGCUCUUCCUCCCCACCCUGCUGCGCUUCACCACAGGGCUGUUCAACCAGGGUGAUGCCCUCUCUCGCCACAGCAGCCUGGAUGUGCUGGUCAGUCUCAUCCUCGCUAAAGCUCCGCCCCCCACAGAUGGCUCCAUGGCCUUUGAAACCUACCCACUGCUUUUCACCGGUCAGACAACAGGCAGAGUGUUUAGCAGGAAGGAGGAAAUUCAGCGGAGCCAUGCGGAGUCAGAGCAACUAGCUGUGCCUGAGCUGGUGCUGUCAAUGAUCAAAAUUCCCGAUGAGCAGGACCAACCCGUCAGUAACCUCUCGCUGCCGUGGGCUGCACUUGUACUGCUGCCUCAUCUCAGGCCUCUGGCUCCAGCUGCUGUCGUACCUGAUGUGACAGCUUUCCUAAACCGCCUCCUGUGUGAGAUCGAGGCAGAGAAACUAGGGAAAGCUGCUCUGUUCGUAGCCAGGCAAGCCCUGAGCUGCCUCCUGUCUCUGGACAGCUCUGCCCAGCUUCUCUCACUGGUCACGGUGGAAAAAGUCAACUCGAUCCUACAGAAAUUUCCCACAGACCUGUCAGCUCUGCUGCUAGCAGACUUGUACUACACCCGUCUGUCACUCAGUGGGGUUUCAGAGCACCUAUCCCACAAUGCCUUGCUUGAACUCUACCAGAUGCUGUACUGCAACCUCUCGUCCAACAUUUCUAAGAUUCGUCUGCUGACUCUGAGGCUCUUCUCUCAGUUCGAUGCAGAGCUCCCUCCACAGACUGAGGGUGAGGAUAAUGUGGAGGUGCAGUCGGUGUUCGCAGUGUGUCUGCAGGCGGAGUUGGUGCCGGCUUCAGUGCACGACUACAGAGAGAAGCUGCUUCACCUCCGGAAGCUGAGACACGACCUGGUGCCGCGCAGCCUGCCCCGCGGACCUCCUGGCACCAUCCAGCAGGUUCCUCUGCGGUACCUCAUUGCAAUGCUGUUUGUGAACUUCAGGCCACUGUGGGACCCAGUCAUUGAACUUAUUGUGAGCCAUGCCAGAGGCAUGGACAACAAGGACUUCUGGAUGGUGUACCAUGAACAUCUGGAGAUGGUGGCCGGGCUGGCAGAGAAGGAAUUGGAAGAAGAAGAAGAUGAUGAUGAUGAAGAAAAGCCCAGUGUUCAGAGCGAGCCAGGCUGUGAUGUCAUUGAAAGCGGGGAUGUUGGGACUCUUUUCCUAGAGCAGCUGAAAUUGGCCUCCGACCCCAGUGAAAGGACAGACUUCACUAACUUCCGCAGUUUACUGUGGCGCGCUAUGGCCCAGUUUACCGACAGAGUGGAGCCACGCAGCCGGGAACUGACCCCGCUGCUGCUCAGGUUUAUCAGGAAUGAGUUUUAUCUCACAGACCUGCUGGUGGCGCCCACUCAGGACCUGAGGAAGAGAAGCGAUGCUGCCCUGGAGGAUAAAUCAGGGAUGACUGAGCACAUGGAAGAAGGGGAAGAGGAGGAGGAGGCAGAGGAAGGAAGCAAACAGCUGAGGAAGUCACUUCCAAGAAGAGCAACGGCCAAACAGCUCAUCGCUCAUCUGAAAGUAUUUGCCAAGUUCACCAACCCUCGAGCUCUCUAUCUGGAAAGCAGCCUCCGUGAGCUCUAUAAUCAGCUGCUCACCCAUCAGGAUCAGCAGAUUCAGCAAGUGGCCCUGGAGUGUGUCAUCACGUACAAGGACCCCAACAUAGUUCCGUACAAGGAGAAUCUUGAGAGGCUGCUGGAUGACAAACACUUCAAAGAGGAAAUCGUCCAUUUCAACAUCUCUGAGGAGACCGGAGUGGUUGAUGCUUCCCACAGAGGCAAACUUAUACCGCUGCUCAUGAGGAUCCUGUUUGGUCGUCUGCGCUCCAAAGCAGGCAGCAAGUUUCAGGGGAAGGCGAGCGCUACCUACCGGUCCUCCAUCAUUCUACGCUUCCUGGCAGGAUGUCAGGCUGAGGAGCUGGAGAUGUUCAUUGACCUGCUUUUUGAGUCAGUCAGCCAUCACUGCCAAGGUUCAUGUCUGGCUGCAGUUCAGAGGGCGGUAGCAGAGACCGACCUGGGUGCUGUCCUGCCGCUGGGCCGUCUUCACAGCCUGCUGAACACUAUAAAUGUGGUGAUCCAGAAACUGGGCCACCUCAUCCACGUCUACCUGCCCAAAGUGCUGCAGAUCCUAGUGUGUGUCACAGCGUCCGUGUCCACCAUUUUGGACCAGAGAGAACAGCUGCGAGCAGGCUGCAUCAAUCCUCUGAAGAACCUGAGGAGACUCGGGAUCCUGAGGAUCCUGGACUUCUUCAAUUGCUUCGACACCUACAGCUUCAGGCCGGAUGAGAUUGAUGCUGUGUUUGAGGCAGCGGUCUGGCCUCAGGUGCGCCGUCUCCCAACAGAGAGCACCUACUCCCCCACCCCUCUGCUGAAACUUAUCCAUGUGUGGUCCAAAGAUGCCAGGUACUUCCCCCUCCUUGCCAAGCAGAAGCCGGACCACCCAGAGUGCGACAUCCUUCUAAAUGUCUUCGCCCUCCUCUCAGCUAAGAAAGUAUCUCCAGCAACCAUCGCAGUAGUAAUGGACAUAGCCGAGUAUUUGGCAACAGCUGCAGACUUUGUUGCCUCAGAAACUGAGAUGGAGCUCAGUGUCAACGGCUGUGUGUUUCCACAGCCUGCAGAGGGAGCUCUCAUCGCAGCAGAUUCACUUACUCAAGGCUCCAGAUUGCUGCUGCCUCACAUUCCCACGCUGCUGCGCUACUUCAGCGGAAUUGUACGCAACACAGACAGACUCAAGAAGAAGAAGUUCAGGGCACAGGUGGCCAAAGAGCUCAACAUCCUGUCCAAGGUCAGCCGAUUCGUGAGCAGCAAGGAGCAGAGCUCAAUGCUUAUCAGCCUGCUGCUUCCUUACCUCCAGAAAGGCAACAAAUCACAAGAGACAGAAAUCGACCUCCUGGCCACCAUACAGAACCUGCUGAGACAGUGUGACAAGCCCUCCGCCUUCCUCCGGCCGCUCAGCAAACUCUUCUCCAUCAUUCACAACAAGCUGCCAAGGCAGGCCCUCACCAACGUCUUCCAGACUCUGUCGGAUCUGGACCCUUCACUCACAUACAUCACUGACUUGGCAACAAAGCUGAACGCGUUUGACAGUCGACACUUGGAUGAGAUCCAUUUUGACGUGCGUCUGACGGCGUUCCAAGACGCCACCAGACGAGUUAAAGGCAUGCAGACUCUGGACCUGGACUACAUCAGCACUGUCAUUCACAAUUGUUUCCACACCUAUGAGAUCGGGGACAUGUCACUGGGAGACAACGCCACCUUGUGUCUGUCUGCAGUGAUCGCCCAGCUGGCAGCGGUCGGGCCCGGAGAACAGAUCUACAGGGACGUGGUGCAACACAUCAUCCUGGACGCUGUGCACAAGGGCCUCCGCAGCAAAACGGAGAGUGUGCAGCAUGAGUAUACAACCAUACUGGCCUGCCUGGUGAAGACCUUUCCUUCCAAGAAAGAGUUUAGAGACCUGGUGCAGCUCGCCAACUACAGUGACCCCGAGUCUGACUUCUUUGAGCAUAUGAAGCACAUCCAGAUCCACCGUCGGGGUCGUGCCCUGAGGAAGCUCGCCAAACAGCUGACCGAGGGUACGGUGCUGUUGACGCCUCGUUCCCUCCAGAACUACAUCAUGCCGUACGCCAUGACGGCCCUGCUGGACGAAAAGAUGCUGAAGCAUGAGAACAUGAUAUCAGCAUCGGUGGAGGUGGUGGGCGCGGUAUGUCGCAGGCUCACCUGGUCCAAAUACCUCUACUACCUCAAGCAGUUCGUCCACAUCCUGCAGACAGCGCAGGCUGAACAGAAACUGGCUGUUAGUUUGCUGGUCACAGUCUUGGAGGCUUUCCAUUUUGACCACCAGACCCUCAGCAGAGAAAUGGAAGCUGCCAAAGCCAGAGAGGCUGGGAGUGUGGAAAUCAACGCAGACGAUGAGAACGUAGCUGCGGAUGACGAAUCUGACGCGAGCGACGAUGAGGAAGCGAUGGAAGUCGAUGGUAAUGCUUCCACUGAUGUCACCAUGGAAAUGGAGGACGCUCCUGCCACUAAAGUCAAGGCGCAGGCAGCUCCUAAAUUAUCCACGGCAGUGAGUGGACUGCCGCAGAGCGCGGAGGAGUUGGAGUCUCUGAUUGGUUUGAUCCAUCAGACUGUUAAUGAGAGCGUCCUGCCUCGUCUCCACAAGUGUCUCAAUGCAAAGGUGAAGCGUGACGAGGAGCACAAGGUAGUGAAGUCAAAGGAUGUGAAAGACGAGGAGGUGGUGCGGAUACCAAUCGCCUUCGCCAUGGUCAAACUAAUGCAGACGCUGCCUCCGCACGUCAUGGAGGCCAACCUCCCCGGGAUUCUGAUCAAGAUUUGUGUUCUGCUGAGGAACCGUUUCCAGGAGAUCCGUGACGUGGCAAGGGGAACUCUGGUGAAGAUAAUCGAGACUUUAGGCUGCAGAUACCUGCAGUACCUGCUCAAAGAGAUGCAAGGCGUUCUGGUCAAGGGAUACCAGCUCCACGUGUUAACAUUCACAGUGUACCAGCUGCUCUCAGCUCUCACUCCAACCCUAAAGAGUGGAGACCUGGACCCCUGCAUGAACAUGCUCAUUGAUAUCUUCAAUAACGAGCUGUUUGGGACGGUCGCCGAGGAGAAGGAAGUGAAGGGUAUCGUUUCCAAGCUGAUGGAGGCCCGCCACAGUAAGAGCAUGGACUCGUACGAGCUACUGGCACAAUUCUGCAGCAAGGAGAGCAUCACCAAGCUCAUACUGCCCCUGAAGGAGAUCUUGGAGGCUACAUCGAGUUUGAAGGUGUGUAAUCGGGUGGCUGCAAUACUGCGGCGACUGGUCUCAGGUCUGCUUGUCAACAGCGGCAUGACUUCGCAAGACAUCCUUCUGCUGAGCCAUGGCCUUGUCAGCCAGAGCCUGCCACUUCUAACAAAAAGAGACCGGGACAAAGCAUCAGCUAAGCCUCCCCCAGAUCCCAGACUGCCCCCUCCCAGCUGUCUGCUCCUGCCUCCCACUCCAAAGAGAGGAGGUCAGAAAGCUCCUGUCAGCAGCCGCACCAACAUGCACAUCCUGGUGGAUGCCGGCCUCAAGCUGCUCCACCUGAGUUUGAAGAAAUCCAAAGUGACAUCAUCCGAUCCCUCAGUCCUGGAAAUGCUGGAUCCUUUUGUGCACUUGUUGCUCACCUGCCUCGACUCCAUGCAUGUCAAGGUGAUCACAGAGGCUCUGAUAGCGUUCACUUGGCUGUUAAAGUUCCCUCUGCCAGCAGUAGAGCAGAACGCUGGGCAGCUGACCAAGCAGCUCUUUGUCCUGCUGAAGGAUUACUCCAAGGCUGGAGCCGCCCGCGGGGAGAACUACCACCUGGUCCAGAACUGCUUCAAGGCCAUGACCGUUCUGGUGAAGAAUGUCAAAACCAACAACAUCUCUGAGACGCAGCUGCAGGUGCUUCUGGGAUACGCCGAGGAGGACAUCUACGACCAGUCUCGCCAGGCUACUGCCUUCGGUCUGCUCAAGGCAAUUCUGUCCAGGAAGCUCGUUGUUCCCGAGAUGGAGGAGGUGAUGAAAAAAGUGGCCAAGUUGUCGGUUACUGGCAGCAACGCUAUGAUCCGAAUCCACUGUCGACAGAUCUAUCUGAAGUACCUGCUGGACUACCCGCUGGGGAAGAAGCUGAAACUACACCUGGAGUUUGUGGUGGCACAGCUGCGCUAUGAGCAAGACACGGGCAGGGAGUCAGUGCUGGAGAUGCUGGCAUACAUCUUCCAGACUUUCCCUCAGAAAAUUCUCUUGGGGCACAGCGCUCUGUUCUUUGCCCCGCUUGCUCUUGUUGUGGUCAACGAUGACUCUGCGCGGUGCAAGAAGAUGGCAGCCAUGGCCAUCAAGACUCUGCUCACACAGUUGGACUCGAACAACCAGAACACGCUGUUCUCCAUUGUCAGCACUUGGCUGAAUGCAGAAAAGGUCAGCCUGCGGCGUCUCGGGGCGCAGAUAUGCGGCCUGUUCGUGGAGGUGGAGGAGGAGAAAUUUGCCCGUCGACUGGAGGACCUGCUGCCGCUGCUGGAGAAGGAGAUCGACCCCGACAACUAUGAAGAUAUCGAAGAGGAGCAGGAGGAGAAAGGAGCUGACAGGCUGCUCUUCAGUUAUCUGACUCUCCUCACUAAGCUGAGCAAACACUGUGGAUUCCUGGAGCUCAGCAAGCCUAGUGACACACUCCGGAACAUCUGGGGUCACAUCGAAGCCCACCUGCGGUACCCUCACUGCUGGGUGUGGCUAACGGCCUCACAGCUUUUCGGCCAGCUGUUUGCAGCUCACCAGGCAGAGCAGCUGGUCGCCGUUUGGAGAGGCGAAGGAGAUGCUUCAUCAGAGUUGGCAGCCACAGACUUUAUCACCUGCAACCUGGAUAAGAAGAUGAGAGAGUUGGCGCUGUCUUUUUGCUAUCAGCUGCAGUCCAAGUACCUGGACACGGCGUCAGGAGAGCAGGUGAUCAAGAACUUGCUGUUCGUCGGCAAGGUGAUCUACCUCAUUUCCCCCGAGUCCCAAAUCAUAACUCCUCAGGAAGAAGAGAAAGAGGGAGAGGAUGAGCAAAUGGAGAAUGGUGAUGAGGGAGGUGAAGAAGAGGAGGAGAGAGAGGAAGCGGGAAAAGAAGAGGAGGAGGAGGAGGAGGAGGAGGAAGAAGAUGACAAAGAAGACAGGCCUCCUUCCCUGCUGUGGCUGAUGAAGAAGCUGUCUCUGAUGGCAAAGAGAGAAGCUGCAUAUGCUCCCAAAGUUCCCCUCAAGAGAACGUGCGUGUUUAAGUUCCUGGGAGCAAUGGCCAUGGACUUGGGGAAAGAACGGCUCGCCCCGUAUUUGACCACGAUAAUCACGCCACUGUACAGAGAGCUGGACAGCACAUACGCAGACCAGGAUCCCACACUGAAGAACCUUGCUCAGGAGCUCAUCGAGCUGAUGAAGAAACAGGUGGGCCUGGAGAGAUUCUCCCUGGCCUUCUCUGCCGUCCAGAAGGAAUUCUCACAGAGACGAGCGGCACGCAAACAACACAGAGCCAUGCAGGCGGUCGCAAACCCAGACAUCGCUGCAAAGAAGAAGCUGAAGAAGCACAGGAACAAAAUCGAAGCCAAAAAGAGGAAGAUCGAGUUCCUCCGGCCUGGAUAUAAAGCCAAGAAGCAGCGAAGCCACGCGCUCAAAGACCUGGCCAUGGUGCAGUGAGCCGAGGACGCUAGGAGGGGAUGAAAGCUAGGCCAGCUGAUGCAGAACAGACUCAAAAGGAAGCAUGGAUAAGAGUAUACCCAGAAUCCCGUGGGCUUCCGAUUCAACUUAACACAAAAGACCAAACAGAAGCUUGACUGUGUGUACAGAGCAAGGACGCUGUGGAAAAACCCAGAAUUAACGUCUGUUACACGUCACGGCACAGCACUCAUUCAUAUGAGUUGCAAAGCUGGAAUCUAUUUUAUAUCUUCUUGCUGUGAGCAGGCUACAGUUUUGC